AUGGAAAGAAGUGACAAAUAUCAAUAUUUACUAUCAAUCCAUCCACUCUCUAUAUAUCUUACUUUCACCACCGCUCGUUUAUCUACCCAUCAUGUACCCAUUCAUCCUUCAUCCACCCAUCCACACAUUCAACCACGUAUCCCAUUAUGCUUCCAUCCUAUAUUCAUCCGUUAUAAAUUCCGUCCAUUGUGCAGACAGUAUCUUCUAUUUGAUGUUGCUUGCCUCAGAAGAAGAUUUGCUGACACCAAAUUUGACAUCAGUACAACAAGUAGUUAUUGUUGA